AUGCUCGCAAACACUCUCCGUCUCGCCCGUUUCUCGACCACCACCAGCUUUGCCGCUGUCCAACAGCGCACUUUCGUAAUUUCCGCACUCAACCAAAAGUCGUUCCCAGCACUCGUCAAAGAGAUCAAAGAAACCAACAAGAACAUCCACUACCUCUCCCCAAAGGACCUCCACUCUCUCCAAACAACCCAACCCCCACACGUGAUCGAUGUCCGUGAACGCCACGAGGUCCAAGCAACAGGCACCAUCCCUGGGGCCAUCAUCCUCCCCCGUGGUAUCCUCGAGCGUGAUGUUUCGAAAUUCAUCAAGCAGUCAGACCCCCGCGAUGUUGUUGUUUACUGUGCAGGAGGCUUCCGUUCUGUUCUUGCGGCCGAGUCUUUGGUCCGUUUGGGAUAUGGCGUUGCCGAGGGGGAAGGAUCUAGCAAGAAGGGGAGCACUAAAGUCUGGAGUCUGGAUGAGGGUAUGGAUGGUUGGGUCAAGAACGGGUUCCAGGUCGAGAAGGAUGGCAAAAUUUCAAAGUAG